AUACUUAUUAAAUAGGUGGUAUGGAUGGGGUUGCAUCGAAGUUUGUUGAGCCAUAUCAAUGUAUUUGCCAGAAAAAAAACAUACAUCUUCAGCAGCAUUGCAGCAGGUACUGCAAUGUCUCUAGGUGACCUUAUCUACCAGUCAUUUGAGAUCAGCAGUGACCCUAGCAAGGAUAGAAGACUGUCCUGGGAGCGCAAUGUCAAACUGGCUCUCUGUGGCUUCAUAUACUUUGGUCCCACAAUGCGAUUCUGGUAUGGAACUUUGGACAGACUCUUCGCACAUCGGACAUUUUUUCGACCCCUCAAAAUGUUAAUAGUUGAUCAGGGAAUAUUUGCGCCAUGCUACAUGGUGACGGUGCUCUUUGUAACCAAGCUAGCCAGAGGUCAAGAUUUCACAUCAAUAUCCAACAACUUUGCUCAAGACUACCCCAAACUUCUUUCUGGCAACUGGAAGGUGUGGCCCUGGGUCCAAAUUGUCAACUUCACCAUCAUUCCUCUGCGCUUCAGAGUGCUGUGGGCCAACUUCAUUGCAGUAUUUUGGAACUCGUAUGUUUCUCGGAUGAGCAGUGUUCAACACGGCAAUCUCAAAGGAACAGUUACGGCAGUGCCUUCUUAGCCUAAAACACUAUUAGUGCAUUAUAAUUAACCCAUUAUUAGUGCAGAAACAAUCCUUUGGAAAAAGUUUUCAUGUUUUUCCUAGAGAAAGAGGAAGGUUUAUUACUUGCCAAGUUAACCCACGAAUUACAUUUGUCAAAGAAUGGGCAACGUGGCUCUUUAUCUCUCCCACCAAAUCACAUAAGCAUCAUUUUUUUAUGGUGUAGCGAGUAAUUUUACCAGGUUAAAUUUCAAGACCAAAUCUGUCUGUCAUGAACUGCUUAGUCCGCAUACAAAUUUUUGUAACAUUCGCACAAUUUGAACAAAAUUACUUUCCAAAAUUUGGGGAUAACGGGGGCGGCAGUUUUUUUGUUUUCUUUUUUUUUCUUAUAUGGCGCUUUUGAUACCUGGGUUAAGUUUACCAAUGAACUUUCCACUCUUUCUUCUCAAACCCAUUGACCUCAGAGAAAUUUUUCUAUUUUAUUAAUAUUUCACUGGAUUUAAUUCAAUUUCAUCUAUUUUGAUUCAAAUAAAUCAAUGUACAGUAUUGGUUCACGUGUUUUAAUUGGUUAAGUAUACUUGUUUUAUCAUUCAUCCUGCUGUUUUCAGAAUCAAAGCACUACAUUUGUACAAAGAAUAAUCAAUUUUAUAUAGAUUACCAGAAAUUAAUUUAACUA